AUGGCGUACAACAGGCCGUAUAACCCGGACGAACUGCCCAGAUUCGCCGAGCCCGAACCUAAAGGCGGCGCCAAACCUCCCACCCCGACGACGAUAUCGCACAACCCGCGCUACGACAGCAGACCACCGCCGCCGCAACAGCAUCAGCAUCAGCCGCCGCCGCAACAACAACAACAGCAGCAGCCGCACCGGCCCCAGGAGCUCUCGCACCGCACCUCGUCGUCCUCCCAGCAGCACCAGCAGCAGUACCAGCAGCCGCGCUACUCGCCCGGCCACUCCCCGCACGCCGGCUACACCAUGUCCCCGCCCCCGACCGCCACGGGGCCCCGCCCCUCGGCCCAGCAGCAGGGCCGGCCCCCGCCCCAGAGCAGGCCCCCGCCCAGCCCGGCCCCCGUCGACGCCGGCGGCGCCGACCCCACGCUGCUGCCGCUCUUCCGCGCCGUGGACAAGGAUGGCACCGGCCAGCUCUCGGAAAAGGAGCUCUCGGCCGCCCUCGUCAACGGCGACUGGACCGCCUUCGACCCCCACACCGUGCGCAUGAUGAUCCGCAUGUUCGACUCGGACCGCUCGGGCACCAUCGGCUUCGACGAGUUCUGCGGCCUCUGGUCCUUCCUCGCCUCGUGGCGCACCCUCUUCGACCGCUUCGACGCCGACCGCUCGGGCAACAUCAGCCUCGACGAGUUCAACAACGCCCUCGUCGCCUUCCGCUACCGCCUGUCGGACCGCUUCGUCGAGACGCUGUUCCGCACCUACGACAAGCGCGGCGAGGGCGUCAUGAGCUUUGACCUCUUCGUGCAGGCGUGCAUCUCGCUCAAGCGCAUGACGGACGUGUUCAAGAAGUACGACGACGACCGGGACGGCUACAUCACGCUGAGCUUUGAGGACUUUUUGACCGAGAUCCUGCGGCAGCUGAGGUAG